AUGGUGACGGAAAAAGUUAAAUUGAAUAAUGAUGAAUUAAGGAAUAAAACAUGUAAUUUAGAUGGCGACCCUAAGGUAGGUUGGUUACGUAAUAAAAAUGGUUUACUUUUAAAAACAUAUGGAUGGUUAGUUAAUAAUGCUAUAGGAAAUAUAUUGUUAAUACAUGGAUACAAAGCUCAUACUCGAUUAAUUUUUAUGAAAACAAAUUUGAAAACGCCAAUUAACAAUGAAAACUUAGUAAUAAACAGUAAUAAUUGCUAUAUUUAUAAAGAUAGUUGGAUUGAAAAAUUUAAUCAAUGUGGUUAUUCAGUAUAUGGAAUAGAUUUGCAAGGACAUGGGGAAUCACAAGCAUUGAAUAAUUUAAGAGGCGAUAUUAAUUGCUUUGAUGACAUAGUUGAUGACGUAAUACAAUAUAUGUAUCAGAUUCAAGAUAAUACAUCAAAUGAUAAUCAAAAGGGUGAUAAAUAUCAUAAUACAGUAAAAAAUAAAAAAAAAAAACUUCCUAUGUAUAUUAUUGGGCAUUCGAUGGGAGGAAAUAUUGCUUUAAGAAUAUUACAAUUAUUAGGGGAAGAAAAAGAAUAUAGAAUUAAGGCGCAGAGCUCAAAUAACUACAAAAAUUAUAACAUCAUGCUAAACAAUUCUACUAAUAUUAAUGAAAAUGCCAAUGGUGUGGUAAAAGAUAUGAUUAAUGAUAAAUAUAAUAUGAGUAAUGGGAAUUUAUUUACCAAUUCUAAUGGUUAUGGUUCCUAUAAUUCAUAUGCUAGCACAUCGACUAAGACAAAUAGUAUUGCUAGUGAUAAAGAUGAAGGAUGCUAUAAUUAUUUAGAUAAUUUAAAUAUUAAAUGUUGCAUAUCUUUAUCUGGUAUGAUAAGAUUAAAAACAACAUGGAAUGCUGGAAACAUUUCAUUCAAGUAUUUGUACUUACCUAUAAUAAACUUCCUGUCUCUUGCCGCACCUGAGAAACGAAUUUCGUCAUCAGGUUAUAAAAAGUCCGACCAUGUUACUAAUAUAUAUAAGCAUGAUAUACUUCGAAUUGAUAGUGGAGCGAAAUUUAAAUGUCUGUAUGAACUUGUAAAAGCAACGACCACAUUGAAUUGUAAUAUUAAUUAUAUGCCAAAAGAUAUUCCUUUAUUAUUUGUGCAUUCAAUAGAUGAUAAUGUUUGCUGUUAUAAUGGGUCGCUUUUGUUUUAUGAUAAAGUAAAUGUUAAUAAAAAAGAGCUACAUAUUGUUAAUGGUAUGAAUCAUGCUAUAACAUUAGAACCAGGAAAUGAAUACAUUUUAAAAUUAGUUAUCGAUUGGAUUUGUAAUUUAAGAACGAAUGAUGAAGAUGAAUAA